AUGAACAAGACCGUGUUCUCUUCGGUUCUGUGCCACCCUUUGCUCUUCCCCCUGCGUCUCUCUUCUUUUCCUGCCGGCAACGCCAAGAUGUAUAAAGUCACCGUUGUUGGUAGCGGCAACUGGGGCAGUGUUGCGGCAAAGCUUAUUGCAUCCAACACCGUCAAGUUUGGUUCUUUCCAUGAUGAAGUGAGGAUGUGGGUGUUCGAGGAAAAAUUACCAAGCGGAGAGAAGCUCACAGAAGUUAUCAACAAAACCAACGAAAAUGUUAAGUAUCUCCCUGGAGUUAAGCUUGGUAAAAAUGUAGUUGCAGAUCCAGACCUUGAAAAUGCAGUUAAGGAUGCCAACAUGCUGGUAUUUGUAACUCCACAUCAAUUCAUGGAUGGAAUAUGCAAGCGGCUUGCAGGGAAGAUAAGGGCUGAUGCAGAGGGGAUUUCUCUCAUCAAAGGGAUGGAGGUCAAGAAGGAAGGGCCAAGCAUGAUCUCUAAUCUCAUUACCAAACAACUAGGAAUCAAUUGUUCAGUUUUAAUGGGGGCCAACAUAGCAAAUGAGAUAGCAAUGGAGAAAUUUAGUGAAGCAACAGUUGGAUAUAAUCAAAACAAAUCAGCAGCAGAUAGAUGGGUUCAGUUGUUUUGCACUCCUUAUUUCAAUGUGACAGCUAUCCAGGAUGUUGAAGGCGUUGAACUCUGUGGAACUCUAAAAAAUGUUGUCGCCAUAGCUGCAGGUUUUGUUGAUGGCUUGGAGAUGGGAAAUAACACAAAAGCUGCAAUCAUGAGAAUUGGCCUGAAAGAAAUGAUGGCAUUUUCAAAGAUGUGGUUUCCAUCUGUUAAGGAUAGCACCUUUUUUGAGAGCUGUGGUGUAGCUGAUCUUAUCACAACAUGCAUGGGAGGGAGAAAUAGGAAAGUUGCUGAUGCUUAUGCCAGAAAUGGAGGGAAGAAGUCUUUUGAUGAGCUUGAAGCAGAGAUGCUUCAUGGCCAGAAAUUGCAGGGUGUCUUAACUGCACAAGAGGUUCAUGAGGUCCUAAGAGAUCGCGGAUGGCAACACAUGUUUCCUCUCUUCUCAGCAGUGCAUGCAAUCAGCACAGGUCGUCUUCCACCAUCAGCCAUAGUUAAAAUCAGUGAAGAGAAACCCAGGUAG